AUGUCUCACCCUUUUGUGAUAGUAUGGUUAGAUAUCCAUGCAAAUGAACCUGUUAGCAGUUUUCGUGACAAACUAAUGCAUGAUGAGCAUGAGUAUGUGAAAAUCUUCGCAGAUAGUCAAUCAUGUGUUACAUUUAUUCAAUCGGAAAUACACAAGAAAAUUUUCUUCAUUCUUUCUGGUGCGUUUGGCUCGAAAGUGGUACCGAUCGUCUAUGAUUUACAACAAAUUCAACAGAUCUAUGUAUUUUGUGGUACUAUAUCAUCUCAUGUCAACUGGGCGAUAGAUUAUACAGACAAGAUGUAUAUGUUCGACCAUGAAGACGAUUUACUUGAAAGACUUUAUCGAGAAGUCGAAGAAUUUCUGCGCAAAAGUGCAGAUUUUUAUCUUCAACAAGCCAAUUUAUUUCGAGAUCGAAUCCAAGACUUUACGCAAGGUCCCUGUGGAUGA